AUGUACAAAUUCAGAUGUAUAUGGAUCUGUAGUAAAACCUUUAGUCGAUUCCUUCAUGGAAGGUUUCAAUGCCACAAUAUUUGCAUAUGGCCAAACAUCUUCUGGCAAACACACACCAUUUUGGGCAAUAAAACAGAUCCUGGGCUUUUCCAAUUAGUAUCCAAUCAGUUAUUCCAGCAUGUGGCAGACCAGGUUGAUAAGAGGUACUUGAUUAGAUGCAGUUAUAUUGAAAUCUACAAUGAAAAGAUCAAUGACCUCCUGGAUAAGAGCAAUCAGGGUUUAACUAUAAGAGAAGAUAUCAAAGGAAAUGUGCUGCUUGAUGCAAGGGAAGCUGUCGUAGACAAUGUUGAUAAAGUUAUGGAGAACAUGAUGCAGGGCAAUAAGAUCAGACGAGUUGCAGCUACUCGCAUGAAUGAGAGGUCAUCUCGAUCACACACGAUUUUCCGGAUUAUUCUGGAGUCGAAAGAUGCCAAUCAGAAAGAUGGACCUGUACAUAUAAGCUACCUUAACUUAAUGGACUUAGCUGGUUCUGAGAGAGUUUCUCUGACGAAAGCUGCUGAUGUAUAUGGAUCUGUAGUAAAACCUUUAGUCGAUUCCUUCAUGGAAGGUUUCAAUGCCACAAUAUUUGCAUAUGGCCAAACAUCUUCUGGCAAAACACACACCAUUUUGGGCAAUAAAACAGAUCCUGGGCUUUUCCAAUUAGUAUCCAAUCAGUUAUUCCAGCAUGUGGCAGACCAGGUUGAUAAGAGGUACUUGAUUAGAUGCAGUUAUAUUGAAAUCUACAAUGAAAAGAUCAAUGACCUCCUGGAUAAGAGCAAUCAGGGUUUAACUAUGAGAAGAUAUCAAAGGAAAUGUGCUGCUUGA